AUGGCUCCGUCUCCUUUCAGGAAUGAGUUAUUGGAAGCGAAAAACCGCCUGGAAAAUAAAGUCGAAGAUUUUGAAAGGCAGCUCCGUGAAAUGGCUGAACGGAUGAACCAAUCGAUUGAGCAAUUGUCAAUCGAUUGCGAACUGAAGUGCUCAAGAGUCUGGCGAGAAUUUAAUGCGUUUAUGAAAGAGACACAGUUGAAGGCAGAAGAGCUGUGCGACGACAUGAGGCGAAAAACUAGUGAACAACAGAUAAAAUGGCGCUUUUCCCUCCGGGAGAAAGAAGACCUUUUGAAGGAAGCGGGAAUGUGGCACAAUGAUUUGCUCCAUUUGUUAAGCGCCGGGAACGACAACAAGGAUGUUGUUUUUGGUUUGCAUUCAGUGGAAGCGAAGCUUUCAUCUCGGCUCCAAGAAUCGUUCGAUCCUGUUGAAGGAGGUCAUUUCGUGGUGACCUUUCCAGAAUGGUGCCAACGAUCAUUGAACCAACUUCAAAAAGAAAUCGUGGACUUCACGGUAGGGACAUGGCCUACAAGGAGUUUGGAGCUGCAAAGUGAAUGUUAUCUGCCAUGUUCAGACAUGGGGAUUUCUAUGAUUACCAGCAGUGAUAAAGACGGUCGUCUCUUUGCUGUUGAUGAUGGCGAUGGAACGGUCAAGGAAUUCACAGAGUUUGGAAGAGUCGUCAGUCGAUGUUCUAUUGAGAACGAAGAAGAGAAUUUCGCACCCUUCGACAUUUGUCGACUCUCCAAUGACACUUUGCCUUUCUUCUCUCUUUUUAUUCCUCCUUCCUCCCCUUCAUAUUUUCCUUCUCUUCUUAUCGAAAGAAAAAGCCCGCCAUCCAUGAAAUGCCUUAUGACGUCACAGCGCUUUCCCGCUCAAUUCAUUUUGCGAGAAACAACACGAAGGAAAUGA